AUGGCGGGAAGGGACACAACAUCAGCGGCAAUGACGUGGCUCUUCUCGUCGCUUUCCCGACACCCCAAUACUGAGAAAGAUGUUGUCAAGGAAGUAGUCACGGCACUUGGCAACGACGAGCGGAAAUUGUUGGAUUACGAAGCUCUGAAAAACUUGUCAUUGUUGAAAGCUUGCCUCUACGAGUCCAUGAGGCUUUAUCCUCCGAUGGCCUGGGACUCGAAGCACUCCCCCACCUACCAAAAAAAAAGCAAAAUUGCAGAAAAAGGCGAAAAGCAGGGAGCGAGUGAAAACGAAGGUCAUCAUCAACAUAAGCAGAUCCCGCCGUUCACCUCACUAAGCCGAUCAGAGAGAGAGAGAGCGACGGUGGCCUCCGUCUCGGUUUUGGCCAUCGUCACAUCCCUCCAUCUCGUCGCCUUCGUCCUCGCUGUAGGCGCCGGACGUUGUCGGAGCACAGUUACAACCUACUCUUCUUCACAGGGGCUUCGAACGUCCCUCCAUCUCUUCUUCACGUGUCGGACCACAAUAAGAAGGAUCAAAACGAUGAACAGGAAGCCAAAAACAUAG